AUGAAUGGAUGUGCAUCAAGAAUGUUGCUGUCAGCCCCACAAAUGCUGAAUGAACUAGUAGUGGGAGACACCAAUGGGAAACUCUGUGUUUACAAGAAUGAUGACAGCAAACCCUGGGCUGUGCGAUCUUGUCAAGGAAUGCUCACGUGUGUUGGUGUGGGAGAUGUAUGCAAUAAAGGAAAGAAUCUCGUGGUGGCGGUGAGUGCAGAAGGCUGGUUUCAUCUUUUUGACCUGACUUCUCCAACUUCAAAACACCCAGAUGCUUCAGGCCACCAUGAGUUGGCAGUGGUGGAAGAGCAGAAGCCAGUGUUCAAGCAGCACAUUCCUGCCAACACCAAGGUCAUGCUGAUCAGUGACAUUGAUGGAGAUGGGAAGUGUGAGUUGGUGGUGGGUUACACUGACAGGGUGGUACGUGCCUUCCGCUGGGAAGACUUGUCGGAGAAUUCAGACCAUGUCUCUGGGCAGCUGCUCCUGUUGAAGAAAUGGCUGCUAGAAGGUCAGGUGGACAGCCUCUCUGUGAACCCAGGCCCUGAUGGCUCACCGGAGAUGAUGGUGUCUCAGCCAGGCUGUGGUUAUGCCAUUCUGCUCUGCACCUGGGACUCUGAGCAGCAGGCCACGGCAGAGGGAAGAGACAACUCUACCCCAAGCAGCGAGACCCCUAUUCGAGAUGUUAUUCUACACCAAACAUCUGGACGGAUUCACAACAAGAAUGUUUCCACUCAUCUAAUUGGUAGCAUUGGCCGAGGCUGCUCCAGUGAGAACAGUGGCUCAGGUCUCUUUGCCCUCUGUACUCUGGAUGGUAAGUCCCUACCACUGUCCUGGAAGAAAGGCCUGUGGGGCGGCCAAGCUGUCCAGGUCUCCGGCUGCAGGGAGUGCCUGAGCCUGUCGCUUGUACAGGAGGGCAGCAGAGACAAAGCCUGUGUGCAGUGUGACCAGGUGAAUGAUCUGCUCAGCCUGGUGGCAGAGCUGAAGGAGGAAGUGGAGAG